GCAACGCUCCCCUUCCCCUUGAUUUUGUAAUCCUGUGUUCCACCACACUACUGAAAGUUGUUGUAUUCAUGAUCGUGGAAAUUUAGUCUAUUUAGGCUACUAUUUCUUUUUCAUAGACCGGAAAUGUUGUCCUCUGCUUUGAGAGGUGUUGCCCGAUCCUCCAGAACUUUACUGCAUUCCCGUGGUACACCAUUUUUAGAAGCUUUACGAUGGCGGUCACAUCUCCCAUUGAAUACUGUCAUCAUGUUUGUACCACAGCAAGAGGCAUGGGUUGUUGAAAGAAUGGGAAAAUUCCAUCGUGUCCUUGAACCAGGGAUAAACAUACUGAUACCAGUCUUAGAUAGAGUGAGAUAUGUACAGAGUCUUAAGGAAAUAGCAAUAGAUGUUCCUAAACAAGCAGCUAUUACAUCAGAUAAUGUAACUCUGAGUAUUGAUGGGGUGUUGUACUUGAGAAUUCUUGACCCCUAUCGUGCUAGCUAUGGAGUGGAGGACCCUGAAUUUGCUAUCACACAACUAGCUCAGACUACAAUGAGAUCAGAGCUUGGCAAAAUCUCAUUAGAUUAUGUUUUCCGUGAAAGAGAAAACCUUAACAUGAAUAUAGUUGAAGUAAUUAACAAGGCCUCUGAGGCUUGGGGUAUUACAUGUCUUCGUUAUGAGAUACGUGACAUUAAGCUUCCUCCCCGUGUGCAAGAGGCCAUGCAGAUGCAAGUUGAAGCCGAGAGGAAGAAAAGAGCAGCUAUAUUGGAUUCAGAGGGUGUACGAACAGCUGAGAUCAACAUAGCUGAAGGUAAAAGACAAGCUCGCAUUUUGGCAUCAGAAGCUGAAAAAAUUGAACAAAUCAAUAGUGCUAAAGGCCAGGGAGAAGGAUUGAGGAUAUUGUGUGAAUCACUUCAGCAUAAGCAAGGUUUGAAUGCAGCAUCUUUAGCUACAGCACAAGCAUAUAUUCAAGCAUUCCAGAAUCUGGCAAAUACAAACAAUACUCUUAUAUUGCCAUCUAAUGUUUCUGAUGUCACAGGUGUUGUUAGUACUGCAGUAGGUGUUUACAAAUCUUUGACAAAAACUUUUCAAGCAAAUUCUGUGGCUGAAUCUGAAAGUAGUGACAAUGUCAGUGAAAUCACUAGGAAUGAAAGCGAUUCUAAGUAACAUAUUUCUAUUAUUCAGGAGAAACAAAUUGUCAAACGUAGGUACUUUUGACCAUUUGCUUAUUACUGUAUAUUGUUUAUAUAAUAUUAAGGACAAACUUAUUCUUGGUUAUUUAUGUAAAUGUUUCUUGAUAAAUAUUGUGAAUAAAAUUUUCAUUUAAUGAAAUAAACUAUUAAUUUUGAAAAUACCUUAUCCAUAUCUAAAGUGUAACAUUGGAAGAUUCUCAUUUAUUUUUUAAGAAAUAAUCCUUCUAUCUAGCCCAAUGGCAAUCUAUAAAUUGGACUCCGUGGCCUUCAUUAGAUAUUGUACUUGAAAUUGGUGAGUCCCAUUUACACAUCAGGAAGGAAUUGUUUGAUAUGAACAACAAUUUAUUAAUUAUUAUAUAUUAUUAUUGUAUUUUACAAAAAUUAUCAAGCUUUGUCAUAUAAAAUGAACUUUCCGUUGUUUCUACACAGCAAAACACAACAGCAAAAACUAAUAAAUUAUUAAUAAUCAAA